AUGAAUUAGUAAAAGCAAUUCAAAUUCAUACUCUAAUAUCUAGAAUUCAGUUCCAAAUCAGAUCAAUAGUAGUACGAAUUAACAAUCUCAUUGAAACGCAGUACAGCUGUUCAAUAAGUUAUUGCCAAAUUAUCAAUCAAGAACCCUGAGAGAACAAUGACAAUUUGUCGUCUUCCAAUUGAUUAAGUAGUUGAGUUUCAACAACGCAUGGUGAAAAAGGAUGGAAUUUAUGCUGACUCUAAUAUCAAAUUCCUUUUCUAUUUGGCUGGUAAUCAGUUGCUUGGUGAUUGUGUAAUCAAUUUAGCAUACUUUCUCGAUGGCGGAGCACCUCAAGAUUAAAAACAAAAAAAACCACUCACAUCUACAACAGAUAAGAGAGCUGCUUUGCUCUUUAAAGUGAUUAAGGAUUCAAUGAUCGAUACUUUAGAUUAUCCAAUUGCAGAUGUGCCUGCCCCAGUUAUUGGGCAUACUCCUCAGACAGCACGAACAUCGAGUACUAGGAAGAUAGAAUCUAGAACAACCAGAGCUCGUAGUCAAUCCCCACCUAAAGAGUUUAAGAGCAAUAUAAUGGUUAGUAAGGCGAAUGAAUAAUAAGUGUAACCAACUAUUUCAUAAUCCUAAUUCUAAUAGCAAACAUAAUAGGAUAAUCUCACUUAAAAGUUUGUGCAGUUGGGUGAGAAAUUUCAAUAAUAGAAAUAGCAGUAGAUUACACUACCACCACAAUAACCACCUCCUUAAGAAUAUGAUAAUUUCAAAGAAAUCACUGAUCUUCUGUCUCAAUAAGAGGCUGAAUUGGAAAAACAGAUUGAGCAACUGGACAUUCAUAUCAAAUCUGAUGGGAAGUUUUAGAAGAUUUUUGAUGAUUCCACUUUCAAUAAUUUUGACGUUAGUUCUUAAGAUUCUGAAAUCUAAUAAUGGAAAUAGAAGUGUGCAGAACUUGAAGACAAAUUCAAUAAGGUUCAGGAUGAAAAUUAGCAUUUGACUAUCAUUAUCAGAUAAUAGAGUGAACAAUUAAAGAAAAUGAAUCAGAGAUCUCAAUCUGGUUAUAAGCAAAUGAAUGAUAAUGCUCUCAAUCAAUCCACUACGUCGAAUCAAGAAUAGUAUGAGAAAACUAUUGAGAAGAAAAAUUAAGUCAUCAAAGAGUUAUCUAAUUAAUUGUUAGAAUUAGAGAAGAACGCUAAUAUCAAUGUGAUUGAUUAGUUGAAGAAUUAAAUUGGGAGAUUAGAAUAAUAAAUGUAGGAGAAAGAGGAUUAGUGGUUGGCAUAAGAAAGAAUUUAUAAGGAUAAAAUAAUUUAAUUGUUAUAAAAUGCAGAAUGA